GUUCUAACAUUUGUUUAAAGCGAGGUUCAGUUAAUGGUGGAAGGCCGCUUCCGCGACUCCCUAGGCGCUUGCCUUUGUAAUAAAGGCGGGCAUCUAUCUUCUUCUGCCUUCUUGUCCUUUGUUAUCCUCUCCUCUCCUCUCCUCUCAUUAUUAUAAUUUACAGCCAAAGCAGCUACGAGUGUCAGGUAGAAGUAUCUACCUUCGCAUCCUUCUAUCCUUUCCAUCUUCCCCCGUCCCAUUCCAUGUAUAUCUGUCUGCCUGCUCCUCCCCAUCUUAACUCCAUGUGAGACAGUUCUUUGCAGAGUGAGAUAGGUUUGCUUUCCGAGAAAGAGGAAACAGAUCUAUCCCAGGCCUCUUCUGAAGAGACAGAUCGGCCUCUUCUUCAUGCUUCCAGCGGACAAGCUCAAGAGAAAUCCUUCCUGAACCCACUUCAUCGUAGCGUUCCAAAAAGCAGGAGCCAUAUAAAAGGCCGACCUUCAAAGAACGAGCUUCCUCCUCACUCUUUGUGUGUCUCCAUCUCCAUGGAUGCCUAUCUAUGGAGAAACCGGCAGCAGUCAGAGCAUCAGCCUUGUGCAGGGCACACAAAGCUCCAGCACUUGGAUCAGCAGCAGUCACAUGCCUCUGCUCUCGCUCUGCUUGCGCCUGAGCCCAACAGCAGCCUCAAUAAGGACGUAGGUUAUUUCACUCUGGCGCAGUGGCAGGAGCUCGAGUUGCAAGCUUUGAUCUACAAGUACAUGUUAGCUGGGGCUUCUGUUCCUAUGGAGCUUAUUCUGCCCAUCAAAAGGAGCCUUCUCGGUGCAUCUCCCUACUUGCACUACCCUGAGUUCUAUCACCAUCUCCAGCCAUCCCUUUCGGCCUUGCAAACGGGCUACUGGGGGAAAUGCACCAUGGAUCCUGAGCCAGGAAGAUGCAGGCGGACAGAUGGGAAGAAGUGGAGAUGCUCAAGAGAAGUUGUGGUGGGUCAAAAGUAUUGCGAGCGUCAUGUUCACCGUGGCCGAAACCGUUCAAGAAAGCAUGUGGAAGCCCCCACACCAUAUUAUUCCAAGAGUAGUUCCAAAAGUGGCCUUUGCUCGCCUUCACCAUUGUUGGCUCAAGAGAACCAUUUCGACCUUCCUAGAUCGUUGGCCACACUAAAUACCCAAUCUCUGGACCAGAGGACGACUGUUGAAAAGAAUCUUCAAAGCAAUUGCCUGAACUUCUACCUCAAGAACCUUCAAGACGACAAAGCCGAAGGCUAUGUGCUCCAGAGUUUCUUGGACGAGUGGCCAAAAUCCCAACGAGAGAACACCGACAGCAUCGACUACACCGUCCAUCCUGCUUCGACCACCCACCUCUCUAUUUCAGCUCCUGGGAAUCAAUUAUCAGAUUUCUCUCUGAAACUUUCCACUGGAAAUCCUGAGAGGCCUGGACAAGAUAACAAAAAUGGCUGCGAAACACAACUGUUGGUCAGCUAUGGACAGGCAUCUAUGGGUGGUCCGCUAGCGGAGGCACUCCGUUCGUCAGCCUCGACUCACUCGCCGACUAGUGUUUUGCACAAUUCGAACGGAUCUAUAUCCGAAAUCAGCAGCAUUAGCCCAUGAGAACUGUCUCUCAGUCGCAUUCAUUUGCUAGAUCUAUGGCUAUACAUUUCAUGAUUUGGUAACUCGUCUUGUUUCCAUAUCUGUCAAGUUUUUCUAGUUUGCAUGCAUCUUUAGAUUUGGUUUUCUGCGUUGUUUCAGUCUGGAGGAUGAUUAUCUGGAGUUUCUUAUGUGAUUUUUCUGUGUCUGGAGUAAAAGGGUAGUGAUUUUUCUGUGUUAUCAUGGUUUUGUUUCGAGACAGUAGAUUGUGUUAUUGUUUCUCUUAA